AUGGAGUCUCUAUUCGGCGGUGAGCUUAGGCUGCUGGGAGGUGGCGAGGGCUUAAAAGAGGACGGCUGUAGCGACGUGGGCUGGUCCUCCUCACCCCUCCCUGAAGACAUGUACUCCGCAUCCCACUUCACACUCAUCACCGCCUACCAGGACAUCAAGACACGGCUGGCGGGCCUGGAGAGAGAGAACAGCGGCAUUAAGAGGAAGCUCAAGAUCUACGAGAUCAAGUUCCCAAUGAUCAGUGAGUUUGGGGAGGACAGGAACUCCUACUGCAGCUUUGAGUCCAAGGAGAAUGCCCUGCUGCAGUCAGAGAAUGGCAACCUGCAACAGAGAGUCAACGCCCUCACUCACGAGGCCCAGAAGAGGAAGGAGCGUGAGGAGCAGCUGGAGGAUGUGAUUCAGGCCUAUGAGAAAAUCCACAUGGAGAAGAGCAACCUCCAGAGAGACCUGGACAAAAUGACCAGUCUAGUGGAGAAACACGUAGAGCGAAUCCUAGGUCUGGAGUCUGCUCUGAGACAGAGGGACAACUCGCUACAGAAGUUCAACACCCAGCUACACAGCAAGGACAUCCAAUACCUGCAGCUGCACAGCCCAGACAAUCACAUGCUGGACUGUCCUGCGCUGACCCUACAGAACUCUCGUAGUCUAGACACUCUGUCAGACCUGAAGCUGCAGCGUCUGGAGGUGGAGCUAGAGGGGGCGCGGCACCAGGCCCAGGGGGCGUGUCAGAGGGAACAGGAAGUGAAGGCCGAGUGUGAGAGACUGCAGGAGGAGCUGAAACAGAUCCAGAACAACCACAUAGAGAGGGAAAUGACAUCGUCGUGUGAGCAGUGUGAUGUGGAGUGGAUCAAGAAGGUGGGAGAUGAGCAGGUGAAUUUGGCACUAGCCUACACAGAGCUAACUGAGGAGUUGGGACGUCUGCAGAAACUGAGCUCCAAACAGAAAGAGAUCCUGAAGAAGACCUCCCAGGAGCAUCAUAGCCCGGGCACACACCUGUCCCACAGUUACAGUCUUGUGUGCUGCUCCCUGACUCCCCCUGUCUCUUCUGUUUCCUCAGUCCAACGCCAAUCCCACCCCCCAUCUCCCAUUCAUCACCAACGCCACUCCCCUGUGCCCCAGCGCCACUCCCCCAUCCCGCCCCAGCACCACUCCCCCAUCCCCCAGCGUCGCUCCCCAGUUCUCCAGCCACAGCGCCUCUCCCCGGACAUGCACCGACGCUCGCCCCUGCUGGAUAUCAAUGAUGGGCCCGCCUCCUACUCCUGCCGGCCAGCCAGCCACCACCUGAGGGCUAGCUUCCAGGGCCGUCGCAGCUACUCCGAGGUCGCUGACCCUUCGGCCUACCAGCGGCCGCCACGCCUCAGCCUGGACCCCGUAUCCACCCUGCCCAAGCCCCGGCCCUACAGGGACUCCAGCUACUCCAAGCAGCAUCAGCAGCACCAGCAUGGAGGCUCCCAGCAUGGGGGGUCCCCCCACAGAGGAGGGCCGCAGUCCUCUGAAGACGAGGAGGAGUGGACCUGCCCGCACCCCAUCAGCCCCCCACGGACGCUGGGCGUGCCCAACAAUGUGUCUCCUCAUGGGGUCAUGAGGGGGCCGGCGUCCUGCUCGCCCUUCCCCAUCCCCUCCAGACCCAACACCCUGACCUGCCACCCGCCAAAUUACCUGCACACAGAGCACGCCCAGUCCUGGCCCUCCAUCAAUCUGUGGAUGGAGACAGAAGAGAGUGACAUGAGGAGCUGCCCUCUAUGCCAGCUCAUCUUCCCCAUUGGUUACCCUGACGACGCCCUCAUCAAGCACAUCGACUCGCACCUUGAGAACAGCAAGAUCUGA